AUUGAGCAUACGCAGAGAUUUCCGGCGCUUUUCUUCAGAAAACGUGAUAUCUCCCCUCUUCUAUCAUUGGUAAUCAGACACGAAAACACCCUUUGCCAUUUCUUCUGCACUACCUCUGAGUUAAGUUCUUCUCAAACCCCUUCUUCGCAGUUACCACCACCACAUUUCAAAUCAACAUUUGACAACAAUGCCUUAACAAACCAAUUUGGCUUCAUUCGCCUCCAAGAGAUUUCAAUAAACCACACAGACGACCAAACCCAUGACGAGUUUGCUUCUGAUGUGGAAAAGGUUUAUAGAAUAUUAAGAAAGUACCAUUCUAGGGUUCCCAAAUUGGAACUUGCUCUCAGAGAAUCUGGAGUUGUUGUGAGGCCUGGAUUAACAGAGCGUGUGUUGAAUCGGUGUGGUGAUGCCGGGAAUUUGGCCUAUAGGUUCUAUUCAUGGGCCUCAAAGCAAUCCGGUCAUCGACUCGAUCACGAUGCGUACAAGGCAAUGAUUAAGGUUUUGAGUAGGAUGCGGCAGUUCGGUGCUGUUUGGGCACUGAUUGAGGAAAUGAGGCAGGAGAAUCCUCACUUGAUUACGCCCCAAGUGUUUGUUAUUUUGAUGAGGAGGUUUGCCUCCGCGAGGAUGGUUCAUAAGGCGGUUCAAGUGUUGGAUGAGAUGCCCAAUUACGGGUGUGAGCCGGAUGAAUAUGUUUUUGGGUGUUUGUUGGAUGCUUUGUGCAAGAAUGGAAGUGUUAAGGAGGCUGCUUCGCUGUUUGAGGAAUUGAGGUACCGGUGGAAACCGAGUGUGAAGCAUUUCACUUCGUUGUUGUAUGGUUGGUGUAAGGAAGGGAAGCUUAUGGAGGCCAAACAUGUGUUGGUUCAGAUGAAGGAUGCGGGUAUUGAGCCGGAUAUUGUUGUUUAUAACAACUUGCUUGGCGGGUAUGCUCAGGCUGACAAAAUGGGGGAUGCUUAUGAUCUUUUGAAAGAGAUGAGGAGGAAGGGGUGUGAACCGAAUGCUACGUCCUACACAGUUUUGAUCCAGUCGCUGUGUAAACAUGAAAGGUUGGAGGAGGCAACACGUGUAUUUGUUGAGAUGCAGAGAAAUGGUUGUCAGGCAGAUCUUGUCACGUAUUCCACAUUGAUAAGUGGAUUUUGCAAGUGGGGAAAAAUCAAAAGGGGUUAUGAGCUUUUGGAUGAGAUGAUACAGCAAGGGCAUUUCCCGAAUCAGGUUAUUUAUCAACAUAUCAUGGUGGCUCAUGAGAAGAAGGAAGAACUGGAAGAAUGUAAGGAGCUGGUGAAUGAGAUGCAGAAGAUUGGUUGUGCUCCAGAUCUUAGCAUCUAUAAUACAGUCAUUAGGUUGGCUUGCAAGUUGGGAGAGGUCAAGGAAGGUGUUCGGCUUUGGAAUGAAAUGGAAUCAAGUGGGCUCAGUCCGAGCAUUGACACCUUUGUCAUCAUGAUUAAUGGGUUUCUUGAGCAAGGCUGUCUAGUUGAAGCUUGUGAGUAUUUCAAAGAGAUGGUUGGGAGAGGGCUUUUUGCUGCUCCUCAAUAUGGUACCCUGAAGGAGCUGAUGAAUUCUCUUCUAAGAGCUGAGAAGCUUGAAAUGGCCAAAGAUGCUUGGAAUUGUAUCACAGCUUCUAAAGGGUGUCAGCUAAAUGUGAGUGCAUGGACAAUCUGGAUUCAUGCACUCUUUUCAAAAGGACAUGUGAAGGAGGCUUGUUCAUUCUGUAUAGCCAUGAUGGAUAAGGAUUUAAUGCCGCAGCCAGAUACUUUUGCAAAGCUUAUGCGUGGUCUGAAGAAAUUAUAUAACAGAGAGUUUGCAGCAGAGAUCACGGAGAAGGUAAGGAAAAUGGCGGCUGAUAGGAAGAUCACUUUCAAGAUGUAUAAACGGAGAGGAGAGAGGGACUUGAAAGAAAAGGCAAAGGAAAAAAAGGAUGGGAGGAAGAGGAGGGCUAGACAAUGCCGAUGGGGUGGAGGCCGUCAGAAAUUAUAAUUUUCAUCAGUGAAGCUUGACAUAAAAUAUGUAGAAAUCCCAGAGGAGUGUGAUUUCUGGCAAGAAUUUGGUCAAGCAAAUCAAUUGAAUGGAAAUCUCAAGAUUUUAUUUACUGGUCAAUUCAUUAGAGGAUCUGUUUUUUCUCCGAGGUUAUGCAUUUGGUGGCAGGCAACAUGGCAAUUGGACAACUUUACAGUCAUCUGAUGAUUCUAUUUUUCAUGUGUACAGAUGGUUACUGGAUAAUGUUGUUCCGUAUCAACAUGUCUCCCUGGAGUUUUUAUAUCUGAACCUUUGCUCCAGCAACUAAGAAGUGACCAGCCAGUUCAAAUGCCAUUAGCGGAAAAGGAGGAAACAAGAAAGCAUGAAACUCAAAGGAUCCCAAACAGGGCAAUAUACUUUCUUUUUUCAAGAGAGUUUGAGAACUCCACAAAAAUCACAAUGUUCUAAAGAGACGACCCUUUUACAGGAUCAUUCAUCAACGUUAGUUCCCUCAUGAUGUCAGGAUAUUGCAUUAUGCAGUUCUGGUUCUUUUAGUUGAGGGUUUCACUGUAAUCUGGGUGCAGGAUUGGUUGAAAUAUCUUGACGUGUAAUGUUUUCCUCGCACUAUUGCUACUAUAACUACUCUGGUACUGUUCUUGCCUGAAAAAGUUUAGUUCACACACAGUUCCGCGCACAAUUAAUCAGGUUGUGAUGGGUAAUUCCUGAUCUCGGUUGAUUGAGAGACAUAGUAUCAUUUUAUGUAUUUUCGCUUUAAAGUAGGCAAAAAUGUUGUGAAUUAGGCCAAUUUAUGUUUUGCUUUAAAACAUUGUACGACAAUAUAAUUUUAAUUUUAACAGGAAACAUAGACCGAUAGCAAUAA